AUGCCUUCGAAUAACAACAAAGAAAAGCCGUGGGAUACGGAUGAUAUCGACAAGUGGAAGAUCGAAGAAUUCAAGCCCGAAGACAAUGCCGCCGGAAACUUCGUAGAGGAGUCCUCUUUCAUGACCCUCUUCCCCAAAUACCGCGAACAAUACUUGAAGGAAGCAUGGCCCGUCAUUACCAAGUCCCUGGAGAAGCAGGGCAUCGCCUGCACACUCGAUUUGGUCGAGGGUAGCAUGACCGUUAAGACAACCCGCAAGACCUACGACCCGGCCGCGAUUCUCAAGGCGCGCGAUCCUCAUCAAACUCCUCUCCCGAAGUGUCCCCCACUGAAGAUAUUGGACGAUGGUGUGGCCUGCGACGUGAUCAAGAUCCGCAACCAAGUUCGGAACAAAGAACGCUUUGUCAAGCGUCGCCAGCGUAUCCUCGGCCCCAACGGCUCUACCCUUAAAGCGUUGGAACUCCUGACGAGCACAUAUAUCAUGGUGCAGGGUAACACAGUGGCGGUGAUGGGUCCGUUCAAGGGUCUGAAGGAGGUGCGACGAAUUAUCGACGACUGCAUGGCCAAUAUCCAUCCUAUCUAUCACAUCAAGGAGCUGAUGAUCAAGCGUGAGCUGGCCAAGGACCCCACACUGGCCAACGAAUCGUGGGACCGCUUCUUGCCCAACUUCAAGAAGCGCACCCUGUCCAAGCGCCACACGCCCUUCAAGGUCACCGACAAGUCGAAGAAGGUUUAUACGCCAUUCCCGCCCGCCCCCGAGAAGAGCAAGGUGGAUCUGCAGAUCGAGUCUGGAGAGUACUUCCUGUCCAAGGAGGCCAAGGAUCGUGCUCAGAAGGAGGAGGUCAUGGAGCGCCAGCGCAUCAAGCGCGAGGAGAAGAUGAAGGAACGCGAGAAGGACUUCAUUGCCCCCGAAGAGGAUGGACCUGUGAAGAAGGAGAAGAAGGAAAAGAAAGAGAAAAAGGAAAAGAAGGAGAAGAGCAAGCGAAAGCGCGAGGCCGAAGCCGAGGCCGAUGGGGACGAUGCCGACCGCAAGGAGAAGAAGAAGAAGAAGAAGAGCAAGUCCAAGGACGCCUCCGACGAGUAA